GAAUCCGAGGUGGCAAUCGGAAUUCCAGCGUGUCAUUGCCGGCAAUUGAACGAGACGACGUCGUUUUAAUUUUAAUUAAACGACGUCGUUUCAUGAUUUGUUUACAGUUGAAUUAGAAAAUCUGAAAUUAGGAUUUGGGAAACACUUGGAGUCGCGAUUAGGGUUCUUCGAGCAAAAUGUCCGAAAGCUCGAAUUCAGGAGCUUUGCAACCGGCUGCACAAUGUGGAUGUCGAAUACCAGCCGUCCUUCGUGUAUCUCACACCGAGAAAAAUCCGUUUCGGCGAUUCCUUUGUUGUAGCAAUGUAAAGGGCGAUUGUGGCAUGUGGAAAUGGGUGGAUCCUGAGCUAUCGCCGUAUUACAAGACCACUGUACUGAGGUUGAAAGCUAUGGCCGAGGACGGUGAAGCUGGAGAUGGAAAUUCCGAUGGGUUGUGUUUUGCAAAAUCAAAUGAUGGAGAAUCAAUUUGUGUUGAUGAAGUGAAGACUAAUCUGAGAAAAUUGGAGAAUGCCGUGAAGAAUCUUGAAUGGAAGAUCCGAGCUUUAGUGGUUUUGUGUGUAGCUUGUGUUAUGGUUGUUUAUUUUGCCUAA